GGGGAUAGAAAUGAAAAUGGUAGACCAUUGUUUCAAAGAAGUGAUUCGAACGAGCAGUGUGAAACCAGCCAGCUGAUUAACCGGUAUUUGCCGGUGGUGGUCCAGGACGAUGGUGUUUUGCCCCGUUGGAUUUGCCCAGGCUGCCACAUACAGCUCGAAUCGACGGCACAAUUUUUCGAGAUGAUUCUCAAGGGUCAGCAGAUCAUCUCGGAGUUGCUGCAGCAGGAGCGGCAAGCCCAAGAAGCGCUGCAGAACGCCUCAAAACUCGCUCGCGUCGAUGAUCUAGGGCAGCUGUAUGACACACUGGAUCAAGCAAAGUGGAACGAACUUUUUGGCAAACCGGAUUUAGAAACGUCCGAUAGGGAUAACUUGUUGGUACCGUUGGAACUGUUCGAGCUAGAAGAUUUGCUCAAGCAAGGCGAUAACAACCCGGAACAACAGGCGGCUCACGUAGAGCCUGCUCAACAAGAUGACGUGAAAGUAGCGAAACACUUGGAGGUUAAAGAAGAACUACCCCGGCAAGUUUCGGAAGAGAUAACCGUAGAAUAUGAGGGUGCUGAAAAGGAUUGGAUCGUUAAAUCAGAGAUGACAAAGAUGAAUGCUCGUCUAAUUGGUUACAUUCAAAACCAGAACAAAACGGAAAUCGGCAGUCUGGUGGUGAUGGAAGGAGCGAGCAAAAAGAAGCGAACGAAUACCAAGUUCGUCUGCGACAUCUGUAGCAAGAUUUUCGCGCAUGAAUUCCCCUACAUUAAGCAUCGCAAAACACACAGUAUUCUGUUCGAAUGUUCCGUGUGUUUGCUUAAGUUUGGGUCCAGCGUGAAAUUGACGGUACACCAAAAAGAAACGCAACACAUUGGGAAAGGAAUUGUCGAAGGAUUGCAGCUGGCAGAUGAUGGUGAUGUAUCGGUGGAAGGAGCCACCGAGCAAAACGAGCCAAAGGGCAACGCGUACGCUUGUGAUAACUGUGAAGAUACGUUCCCGGAGUUGACCACCGUACUUAAGCACGAAGAAACGGUACACGCAGGCGAAAACCGUUCAUUCGUGUGCAGCGCUUGUAGAAAGGAGUUUCGCGAGAAGUAUUUGCUCCAAAAGCACCAGGAAACGCAUGUGGAAGAACGGUCACAUCAGUGCGGGGUUUGUGGGGCGGCCUUCAAGACCAGUUCCUCGCUAUCGAAGCACGCGCAAUCGCAUGCCGACAAGAAACGGUACCAGUGUACGAUGUGUAGCCAGCGGUUUGCCUACAAGACCAGUCUCGACUUGCACCUGAACUGGCACAAUGGUGUGAAACCGUACGAGUGCGAGUUCUGCUCGAAACGCUUCUCGCAGCGCGGCAACUUGAAGGAACAUCUGCGGGUUCACUCGGGCGACAAACCGUUCAGCUGCGACGUCUGUCCGGCGACGUUUUCGACGAGCUCGCAGCAUCGGUUGCACCGCAGGCGGCAUGCGAACGAUCGGCCACACGGUUGCGAGCUGUGCAGCAAGACGUUCAUACUGCUCGAGAACUACAAAACGCACAUGAGGCGCCAUCGGAACGAGAAACCGUACGCCUGUGAGGAAUGCACCCGUGCGUUCACCGAACGGUGGGCCCUCCGGAAGCACAUCCGGACGCAUACGCGCGAAAAACCUUACACCUGCAAUUACUGCGCGAAACCGUUUUCGGACUCGUCUAACCUCAUGCGCCACGUGACGACCAUCCAUGAGAAGCAGCCAAAGUCGAAGAAGAAGCAGGUGCAGCCCUCAACGCUCGCAUCGGCAUCGAGCGACAUUCCUGAUGUCAAGCCCAUCGGUGGCACUCUCCCCGGGCUGGGGGUUAGCAUUGACGAGACGGACACGCUGGUGUCAUUGGCGGAGGAUGAGAUAUUGGCGCUGGAUACAACGGUCUACAUGGCCGAUCAUUAACCUUUCUGCUAUCACAUUGCCCGGGGUGAAGUAUUUCAUAAGUUACAAAUUUCCUCCCUGUUAGUGGGUCAGUAGUUCAGGAGCUUAAAUGGGAAUUAAUUUUACAAGCGACACGAAAUGCGAGGCUAGAAGGAAUCCUUUAUUUCCUGCCCGGAGCGUUCCCGAAGGAACCUCUUUCGCAAAAGCUUGUAGUGAGCAGUUUUUUACGAGAAGAUGUUACAACAAGAGGGACAUAGUACAGUAAGGUCCGAUUACUUUUCCCGUUACUGUCUUCGAAAGAGGAGCCUUUGUCGUAAAUUACGUUUCACUUGAAAGAUAGCCCACCCACCGCUAACGCCAGUUCAUCCACAGUCAUGCUACACACUUUGUCCUAUGUUGGUGAAAUUCGAAGCCUUUUUUUCACUGUGCUCUCAUUCAAGAGUGUAGCAAUUUUUCUCACUAUUCACCCACUGGAUUGGGACAACGUUGGUCAUUAUGUAAAUUUUCUCCUUUUCUAGAGAUUUUUUCCCAAUUCCAACCAUAACCCAAAGGAUAACCUGGCUCGGUAUGGGUCGUCGCUUAGGGCCCAUGGCGAAUUGGUUUAGGAAAGGGGAAGUAAUGUAAUCCGAUCCGGGCAAGGCAAGGCAUCUUUCACUUUCGCU